UCUACAUCAGCUGUUUGUUUAGUGGCGCUCUCAGCACGCUUUCAUCUGGAAUCAACGCAUUAUCUGCCAACACUGUCGAAGAUAUUCUAGGAGAAUACCUAAAACAAACAACAAUUAUUUCACAUACACUUGCAGCAAAGCUAUUCGUGUUUUCGUACGGACUGAUAGUCAUUGGAUUGGCAUUUGUCAUCAACUCCAUGUCGGGAUCCAUCGUUCAGCUGGCCCUAUCAGUAUUUGGAGCGUGUGGAGGACCAUUGGCCGGACUUUUCUACCUGGGUGGAAUGGUACCAAAAGCAAACUGGAUAGGAGCCUUUAGUGGCAGCUUGACGGCUAUUGUGUUCAACAUGUGGAUAGCAGUAGGGUCACAAAUUUAUGGUGCAAAACCGGUGAAGUUAAUCCAGAACCGUACGAGUGGAUGUUUUCUCAACAACUUCACAGUCACAACGAACGAGCCAUCGAUGUUCAAUCAUAAUGCGAGUAUAAAUACAACUCCGUACGGUGUAUUUGGACCCUCUAGCAUGUCUGUAAACAGCCAAGUCAGUUCGGACGAAGGAUUUUUCCUGUACAAUUUAUCCUAUACCUGGUACGGUUUUAUCGGAUUCUUCCUGACCCUCAUCCUUGGUGUCAUCGUCAGCUUGUUUACGGGUAUGUAUAAGACUCGUCAGGAGAAACGAAACUUUCUUUUAUAA